AUGUUAACACCAUAAUUCUCAUAUGACUCUAAUACCAACUUUUUUAUGGAUGACCACUAUGCUUAGCAAUUACAAUCAACUAUAAUCAUGAAUUAUUAAUUGCAGGUGAGUAUGCUUAAAUUAAAUUAUUCCAGUUAAAAGUUGGUGAAUUGAGAUUAUUGAAAAUUCUUAUUAACUCUUUGAUAUGGCUACUCUUAAUUAGAUUAAGACAAAACCAAAUUUUAUGUCUGGUUCAUUCUGAUAGUGUGUACGUUAUCUAGUUAUUUACCUUAGUGAAAAUCUUAUAAUUUGUGGUUCAAAUUUCAUCGAAUUUAGGUCUUCAACUACUGAAAUUCAAAAGCACUAAUAAUGGAUUUAAUUUUAAAUUAUAAGCCUUGAAAAUUCAGUUUAUCUUGGAUUAUCAUUGA